AUGGUAAUGACAGUCUUCGCCUGUUUGAUGGCAAUUGACUUGGAAUGCGAUAGCAAGAGAGCACCACGAUCACCCUCGACGGACAAUAAAACAGAAGUGCUGAGUAUCGACGUCUCCAAAACCGAGACUAUAAAGACGACUAAUCUGGACUUCCAUCCGACUGUGGUGCGCUCUGCCCGUAGUACACUGUGUCUACAUUGUGGGCAUUCGGAUUCAAACCUACACAGUCCUGCAAUCUCGGAGCUUCCAAGUGUGCCGGAGGCCUGUCCUGGUAGGCAUGUAACGUCAGUAACCAACAUAAAUGCCUCCUCUGCGCAGUGGGUAAAGCUCGCACGCAGGGAUCAGGAAAAUCGACCGGCAGCCACAUCGCCUAACUGGAAUCGAGUUUCAAAGAAGAGUGAAAUUUUCGCGGCAUCUGUGCGUGAGAGCGCAGCUAGCGUGCAGCAUCCAUGGGUCAAUUGCAGUCGCCGCGACGUUCGAUCACCGCCGCGUUCUGGCUUCGCGGCAGCCUACGAGGAGUACGCACAGAAUACUGUGGACGCGGUCAAGAGACCAUCUGGCAGCAAAGGCAUCCGUACUAAUGGCGGCCGGGUAUUCAUGGCUGCAGAUAUUCCCAAGUGA